AUGCAGAGUGGCUAUACCAUCCUGUGCGUCUCCUUGUUGCUUACAGCACAGCUGGUUACAUCAGAAGGAGUGGAACUCCUGACUCCAGCAAAGAGAGGAUGGACCCUGAACAGUGCUGGAUAUCUCCUAGGGCCUUAUGCACAUCGGACUCUGAUGGUGCGGAACGGCUCCCCGCUGGGCAAGAGGAAUCUGUGGGAGGAGGUUCCGACUCAGCCCUCUCACCAGCCCUCAUACAGUACUGACUCAGAUGACCUCUAUCUCCAAACCCUUCUGGACCUCAUCAAGUAUCUGCGACUAAAAGAGACGGGGACCAUGAGAGAUCUGGACAGCCCUGUGCUGCCGGAGGACAGCAGAGCCUAGCACUCCUGUUUGCUUCCCCGACUCAGUCUGGCUUUGUCAGGGAGAGGAUCGAAAAAGGAGUAAGAUGAUAAUGCCAAGGCCAUUUCAACACCUUACCUUACUGUUCUCAAAGAUGAACAUGGUGUUAUUUUAUGAUCCAACAGUUGUUUGUCCACCAUUGCUUUUGUAUGGCUAAGUCUUUUGUCCAAGGCAUAUCCUCACGUUUUAAGCUAUUUAAAAUCACUAUCUCGUCAUUUUUUUCUAUGUUUGCCUAUUUGUUCUGAACCAGAAAAUA